UUCUUCUUUGUUUACAAAGGGACCCUCAUGCUCUGGAUCCCAAGUCCUUUUCGUUUUUUUUUUCUGCCAUGCACUGAGGGGAAUAAGAAAACGGCGAGACGGCCUCUCUCUGUCUCCCGCCUUUGCGUGCUAGUGUUACUGCGGCAGUACGAAGUACGAACACUCCAGCUAGCUGGCCCCUAUCUGCCGCCCCCACGCCCGGUCAAAGACACCCUUUCGGUCAAAGCAGCUUCCCGUGCGUGCUGUCGUAUCGUAAUCUUCGGAGUAUGAACAAAACAGCGCGAUUACGGCUGCACACAUGGCUCCCGCACGCUAAUGGCCCUCGUAAUCUCUCGGGUAGUCGGGACUUGUCUUUACGGCGCCUCGCGUCCCCUUCCGGACGGAGCAGCACAUCUUUCCAUCGCCGUGCCAUUGCAGCUGGUAGGCUCAGCAGAUUGGGUUUUGUCUAACCCGAGGAGGAGUAGACUAGAGUAGAGUAGGAGUACUAGAUUACUACUUGGUUCGCUGCUCCUUCUCUUUGGAGGCUUCGACUGCUUUCUAGCGGAAGUGUGUGUGUUUUAGUGGUCCAUCAUCAUCCCCUAGAUGCUAGAGGCCUGUGGAUUUUUUUUUUGUGGUGUGGUGCCGACGUGCCGUACGGUUUCUUGUUGCAGAAGUGAUUGCAUCCAGCCAUGCAGUGCAGGGGCCGCCGGGGUCAGGGCCACGGCCAAUCUGGCUGCUUCCGCUUCCGCCGAAAAGAAAAUUGCCCCGAGCCAUCCCCACGAAUUUUGGUGCUACUCACAUAAUCAUCCUCCUCUGGCCGAUUGAUGGUACGAAAUCCGGGUAAAAGGGGUGUUAUGUCACGAAAAUCUCUGUUUUUUAAGUUGUUCGGUAAAUCUAAAUAAAAAGACACGUAGAAAGCUCGCGAAACUGGCAGUCCACAGGCGAAAUUCUCCGCCGGAAUGUGCAAGCGGCCGAGCGGGAAGGAGAGCGGCUGAAGCGGCGAGCAUCCAGAGGCAGGCUGCACAGGCACAGGCCACAGGGAGGUGGAGGCACACGGCAAGGCCACCAGUCGGCUAGCCUAGCCCGCCGCCGGACACUGCUACCACCGCACUGCCCACUGCGCCUGUUUCGCUUCGGUUUGCCCCAGAAGACCAGAAGAGAAGAAGAGCCUGCCAACCCGCCUAUCCAAGUCUACUCCCCCUCACUCCCCACAUCCUAAUCUCCCACCACUUCCCCCACACACUCCCCUCUUCCGCCAUGGUCAUGGACAAGUCCAACCUCCCACAGCCGCCGCCGCCUCCUCCCUCCUCCGCCUCCUCGCUCAAGUCCCUCAACAAGGCCUCCUACAAGAUCUCCAAGCAGUCGUCCUCCGCCUCUUCCGCUCCCUCUCCCGCUCCCCCUUCCACCAUGAGAGCGCCUUCCCCGCCGCCGCCGGCUCCCCGCCCACCCGCACCACUUCCGCCGCCGCAGGCCUCCUCCGUCCCUGCCGACCACCCGCCUCCCCAGCCCCCGGUGUACAACAUCGACAAGUCGGACUUCCGCGACGUCGUCCAGAAGCUCACCGGCUCGCCGUCCCACCUCCUGCCGCCCCAGCCCGCGGCCGCCCCCGCCCCCGCCCCCGUCAUGGCGCCACCCCCGCCUCCCCUCAUGGCGCGUCCUCCUCCGCUGCCUCACACCAUGGCGCCCCCGCCUCCGCCGCCGACGGCGAUACCCUCCCGCCUCCACCGCAUCCGCCCGCCGCCUCUGGCCCCGCCGCGCCCGCCGCCCAUCCUCCAGCCGGCCCCGCCGGCGCUCUCCCCGCUCCCGCCGCUCCCGGCCGUCUGCAUGACCGCGGAGUCGCCCAUCUCCGCCUACAUGCGCCGCCUCCGCGGGAUGCCGUCGCCGAUCCACGUGCCCACGUCGCCGCUCGGCUUCGGCUGCCUGCCCUCGCCGCGGACGCCGCCGUCGCCCGGCGUGCCCAUGCCGGCCACCAGUCCACGCGUCCGCGACCCGUGACGCGGGAACCCACCACCACUGCUGCGCCGCCGCCAGCGCCGAUGUGUAGAUACGGCUGGUGUAGGAGAGAGAGAUCCGGCGACCAAAGGCGGAAGCAGCGAGACCUUCACAUUCUGUUAGCUCCAUCUCUCUCUCUCUCUCUCUCUCUCUCUCUCUCUCUCUCUCUCUCUCUCUCUCUCUCUCUCUCUCUCUUCAAAAUCAAAAUCUUUAGCUAUAAAAAUUCUUUCUUUUUUUUCCUCCUAGCGUGCUCCACCUGCCUUGAUAUUUUGUUGGUGUAUAUGGGACAUGCGGCGCUUGGUUGGCAACCAAUAUGGAUUGCUCAUGUUUGCCUAAUUUUUUUUGUAACAACGCUUAGUAUGCAAGAUCAUAUCCGAGAUUUCUUUAGGAUAGUAGCAUAACAGUAGCAGUUUAUCUAGUCUUGCUUGUUGUGUCUACACUUGCAGUAAACUCAUCUGGACUA